AGUUGCUCUGAUCUGCUGAGAUCUUAAUUUUCACGGCUGCAGGAGUACCCUUCACUGGGCAUGCUCGGCGACGCACUGAAUGAAAACAACAUCAAGCUCAUAUUCGCCGUCAGCAGAACCCAAUAUGAACUCUACCAGAACUACUCAAAGCUGAUCCCUGGCUCAACGGCUGUUGUUCUAGAAACCAGGUCACAUAUCGUACCGAACCUUAUCCUCAACAUGUACAGGGAGUUUACAUCCCAGCUGGAGCUGAUAGGAAACCUUCAGGACCUGUCCAUCGCUGUGUCAGAAACAUGCCAUGAUAAGGCCAAAGCAGGGCUGGAGCAGUGCCAAGAGGACGACGAGGAAGACGCGAUACGUUUUAACAUCAGCCUGGAGGCCAUGGGAUGCCCCAUAAUGCAGCCACACCGCACUCUCGUCGUAAAGCCGCGUGGGUUCUUGCACUCUCUGCUGCUGUCCGUGCAUAUCACGUGCAGUGACGACCCAUGUGAUCAGACGCCUCCACCCAGUUACAGCGCCAAUAUAGGAGCCUUGACAGCACAAGUGGGGGCCAGAUUGAUCACCCAGGAGUUGGAAAGGGGAAACUGUAGCCCGACGACAAAGGACGGCUCGGAGAAGCCCGACAGCAACGAGGAGCAGCUGUCCAGGGACAGCGGUGGAUGACCAACGUGCAGAUGUAAACUGUCCAGCUUCCAGCGGGCUCUUGUGUUCAGGCCGGGGAGUGUGCCACAUCGGAAGGUGCCAGUGCCACGAGGGCUGGAUUGGGGACGCUUGUCAGAGAGCCUGGAGCCCUGCUCGUGGCAGAUCAAGCAGCUCUUCGGAUGCCAUUCCGCUCUGUCCAUCCAUCACUGAUGCUUGCAGUUUGCUGUCUUUCCCCCGCAACUCCGAUUAGCACGGUUGGCUACAUACGGUGCGGUGCGAAAGAAGUUCGACGUACAUACACGGUCAAGAAAGACGGGACUGUGUGGAAUGCGGGCUGGAGAAGCG